GGUCUGACUUAACCGGGUUUUUCACGCCGUAACCCUCUGUAAGUCUGCAUCCUUUCUCUCUCUCGUAAUCCCCUCCUCCCAUGGCCGCUAUUUCUCCUCCUGCAGCCGUGAGUCAUCCCUCUCAGUGAAGAUUUCUUCUCACGUCUCCUGUAGACCGUUCUUCGACUCAGAUUGUGGCUUGCUCGUUUCCUUGGAUUUCGAUCUACCGUCGUCGGGACUCGGGUGCCUUUUGAUUUCUCUGAUCGGCAGAGAUGUUGCAGCAUCAGAUAGUUCAAUCUCCGGCGAGAUUAGGGUUAACGAGCCCUGCUUCUCCCUCCGUCCAAAAUCCUACCCCUCCUCGCCAUCCCACCUCUUCUUCAUCCUCUCAAUCUCAGCACCACCAGAUCCCGCCUCCAUCCAAUCUCCCUCCCUCCGCCUUUGCUUCCCCGGCGUCGGCGGCGGCGACCAUCUCCUCCGCCUCUCUCCUCCCUCUCCUCCCUCCGCUGCCCCGAGCUCAGGCUCUUCUCCAGCAGAUGGCGGUUUUGGCUUCCAAGCUCUUCGACGUCUCCCCCAAUCGUUCUCUUUGGCUCUCCGCCUUCCGCGGUUCUCUCCCUUCGUUCCUCUCCUCGCACUCGCUCCAGCCGCCUCCGCCGCUGGAAAACCCUAACCCUUCUUCCACCAAGGAGAUCCUCUCUCUCUUCAAUUCCCUGCAGACCCAGCUCUUCGAGGCCGUGACGGAGCUCCAGGAGAUCCUCGAUCUCCAGGACGCGAAACAGAAGGUGGCGCGUGAGAUCAAAUCCAAGGAUGCUUCCCUCCUCGCCUUCGCCAACAAGCUCAAGGAAGCGGAACGAGUUCUGGACAUGCUCGUAGAUGAUUACUCCGAUUAUCGCCGGCCGAAACAAGCCAGGACAGGAGAUGAGUCGCGGGAGGAGGAAGAUGACGAUGAGUCCUCAUCCUCUGUUAACACCACUGUUGCUUCUCAGUUGAAGCUGAAGGACAUAUUGUCUUACGCUCACAGGAUUAGCUACACUACGUUUGCUCCGCCGGAAUUUGGCGCUGGGCAAGCACCUCUCCGUGGUGCGUUGCCCCCGGCUCCUCAGGAUGAGCAAAUGAGAGCUUCUCAGCUGUAUAACUUCGCUGAUCUCGAUGUGGGCAUUCCCAAAUCGACGGAGAGUGAUGAGAAGAAAGUGGAGGCUCUUAUGGAACCGCCUCGGCCUAGUGGUCCGGUGGAUAUCUCAGCCAUUCAGGGUCUGCUUCCACCGAAUAUCGCGGUUCCGUCGGGAUGGAAACCUGGGAUGCCGGUGGAAUUGCCGAAAGAUUUGCCUAUGCCGCCUCCCGGAUGGAAACCUGGGGACCCGGUUGUAUUGCCGCCAUUGGAGUCGAUCCCUGCGGCUAGAGGUGAUGAGCAACAGCCCCUCGUGCCUAGGCCUCCUCCAGGGCUGCAUCGGGCGCCUGAGGUUAUACAGGUUCGACCAGUUCAGCUCGACAUUUUGGAAGACGAUGAUAGCAGCGAUUACAGUAGCGAUGAGGCGAGUUCGGAUGAUGAGGAUUGAUCUUGUUACUGGUUCUGCCUCCAUAAAUGUCUCCUUGAGCCUGUGUUUUUUUUUUCUUGAAUGGAAACUCCAUGUAAGGUAAAGCUAGUUGCCACUCUUCUAGACUUUGAAUCCCAUCUUGAUUACCUAGGAUUUAGAUUUCACAUCUCAUGUGGAUCGUUUCUCGCCACGAUUUGAGUUGAGUUCCGACCCUUUGAA